UUACACGCGGCGCCACUCUGUACGUUAGCUGCGUAGCUCAUACUGUAGCCUCUCAGGCGAAAAAGUUAAUGAAAAUCUGACAUUAAAGACAUCGGUUUUGUUCACUUAUGCCACUAAAGGAUCAGUCAAACUCAACGGCCAUGAAACCAGCCGUGGAUGAGAUGUUUCCGGAGGGCGCGGGACCAUACGUUGAUCUGGAUGAGGCUGGGGGAAGCACAGGACUGCUGAUGGACCUGGCUGCCAAUGAAAAGGCAGUUCAUGCAGACUUCUUCAACGAUUUUGAGGACCUGUUUGAUGACGAUGACAUCCAGUGACAGUCGCUAACGUCCUCAGUGUAAUGAUGGAUGAUAUCAAUCCACACCUUUUUUUUUCUUUCGACAUUUUUUUUGUGGAAAGCAAACCAGCCAUUUACCUUCUAAUGACAUACAAUUUCCUCUCAUAGUUGUACUAGUUUUAGGCUUUUUUUUUUUUUUU